AUGUUUAGAUUAUUAAACACUUCUUCACAGGGGUUACGGCCCUCGCUCAUCCUGAAGAUCAAAUUAGCCAAAAAUGGAUCUCCUGCAACUACUACUACUACUACAACCACCACCACCAGCACCGCAAACACCACUACAACCACUUCCCUCGACUCAAAGCUUUUCUUUAGAAACAACUCCUCCGCAACUACUGCCACCAGUAGCAGUACUAUCCUGUCCCCGUUCCAAGACAAGAAACCAAUUGCCAACGACUUCAAGGAAAAGUUUCCAUACUAUGAACAUAAAUACCAUCAACCAAACUACAUGAGUCGUUGGAGUCCAAGAGAUAACAACACCUAUAACAAAGAUAUUGAAGAAAUCUCCACCUUAAUCCAAGAUGAGAAAUUCAGACAGCUGAUGUCUGAAAAAGACUUGUACAGAUACGUGGCAAAUUUAUACAGUGCCACCAUUACGCUGAGAAAAAUUAGAUUGGCUAAUUCAAGAAACAGAGAUAAGGACCAAGCCAGUGCAUUCAAGGAAGAUUUCAUUUACCAAACAGCUAUAUUGAAUGUAACUGAGUUGGUUGCAUCAGGCGACUUCAACAAUGUAUUGUCAAGCCGUAUCUUGUUUAAAAUCUUUGGAACUUUGUUGCAAUUUAAGUUGAACCCUGAAAUUAUGAAUCUAUGGGAGACUGGAGUUAGUCAAUCAGAAAAGGCCAAUAAUGGAAUUGGUCAAUUGUAUUUAAGUCAUGACGUCUUGUCAAUUGUACUUCAAGUGGCUUAUGAAACUAAACGUUUUAGCUAUGAAGAAAUUAAGCUGAUUUAUAACAUGAGUGUCAGUGAAAAUGAACCAGUACACCCGUUUUUAUCAGACAGAAUGGGUCAAGUUGCCAUUAUGGAGGGUGAUCAUGCCAGAGGAUUGGAUGCUUUAGAGGAAUUGAUGACAUUGUAUGAGGAAAACCCACAGGAAAAAUCCAUAUUGGGAGGAUUGGCUCAGUUGCACUUGUCAUUUAUCGGACAAUGUAAGGAUACUGUUAUUGCCAAGAGAUUUUUUGACAAGGCAGUUGACAGUGCUGAUUCCUUGCCUUAUGUUGUUGUUUUGAAAGCACCUUAUAUGGUGUCAUUUUUGGAAAAUUGCGUCAAUGCUGGCGAUUCAAUGGAGGAAGUUGUUGAAUUGUGGAGUCGCAUCUCUACUCACUAUGGAGAAACUAGCGCAGCUACCAAUUCAUCUAAACUGGCUACGAUCAAUGCCGGAUUAUUCAAGUUAUUCUUUAACAAGUUUCCCGAACCAAAUGAAGAAUCAAUCAAGCUUUUGAAAUUGAUUUUCACCAAAUCACCCAAGAUUGAUGAAGUAUUUCUAAACACUUUGAUUUCAAAUAUGCAAUGGACAGAGAAAAGCUUGGUUCAGGAUGUUGUUGAUGCCUUUGAUAAAUUUAAUGUUGACAAGAGUAUUAUUUCCCAUCGUGUCAUUUUGAAACAAGCAGGACAAGUUGAUUAUUCAGUACGGGAGAUUUUACAAUUGUGGAACAACUUGUUGAACAAAUUGGAUGCUGAAAAUUACAAAUACAUUGCUAAUGCCGAUUGGUCUGCCCUUCGUGCAGCAACUGCAUUUUCGGAGAACUACAAGACUAGUGAGAGAUUGGGAUUGUACUUGUCACUAGUCAAGACUUAUAAAAACUAUAUGCAACAUAAUGGAGCUUGCAUAAAUUUCAUUAGAGGUUGGAUCAGAGAGGCUAGUGUGUACAAGGAAGUUUCAAGAAUCACCACUGAAGAAGAUCCACAUUUCGAAAAUGAAAUUGUUGUCGAAGUUCCACAUUUUGCAAAUUUGAAGGAAAACGUUGAUUAUAGAAGUAUUACAAAGAAAGUAACCGAUGCUAAUCCAAGGUUACUUGAUUAG